AUGCCAAAAAAAUCCCUUUUCGGCACGUCCGCCGCCAUUGACCCCACUCUCGAUGCUUUGUUCGCAUCAAGUUCCGGUCCAGUUCAACCUUCAAAAAAGCCAAGAUAUACUGAACCGUUGUCGCCAGAUGACAAGUCUGGCGACGAUGACCUUGACGAGAGUGAAACUCAGGUUGACGAUGAGGAAUUGAGCGAGCUUGAUCAAGACCUGGAUUCGAAUGCUUCAAUUGGAGAAGACUCGGUUGAAGAAGAGGACGAAGAUGAUGACGAUAAUGAGCAGGCACACAGCUCAGAACCAGCUGCAAAGGCGGCGGCUGCGUCUACAUUACUGGACAGCUCAGAAAACAACAGGAAAAGAAAAAGGAAACAGGCUGACGCACACGACGACCUGGAGACCAAGUAUUUUCAGAAAGUUGCCGCCGAGGAGGACGAGGAGAAAAACCGGAGCAAGCGCUCCAAGAAAGAGCGCAGUGAGAGCACCAAAGACAGUACUGGCGCGCCCAGUGGUCUGAUCCACGAGUCUCUGCUUAUGGAUAACGACAAGUCGGAGUUGGACAAGGCGGGAAGGACUGUUUUCCUUUCCAACGUUAGCACGGAGGCCAUCACAUCCAAGUCGGCAAAGAAACAGCUUAUGGCUCAUCUCGCAUCCGUUUUGGACAAGGAUGCUAAGCCGCCCCAGACGAUUGAGUCUCUACGCUUCCGCUCUGUUCCAGUCGCUACUGCCGCCAUGCCGAAGCGAGCCGCUGUCAUCACCGAGGCCGUCAUGGACGCCACGACGAAGUCCGCGAAUGCCUACGUCGUUUACUCGGACGCUGCUGGCGCUCGCGCCGCGGUGACCAAGCUGAACGGCACCAUAGUGCUCGACAGGCAUCUUAGAACCGACAGCGUUGCGCAUCCAGCUCCCGUUGAUCACCGAAGAUGUGUUUUUGUGGGAAAUCUGGGCUUUGUGGACGAUGAGACUGUGGUGAACGUCACGGUCGAUGAGGACGGCAAACAAAAGGAAGAGAAGCGCAAGCGGACCAAGGUCCCCAUGGACGUCGAGGAAGGUCUUUGGCGAACGUUCGGCAAGUCUGCUGGCAAAGUGGAAAAUGUACGGGUUGUGCGUGACGGUGUAACACGAGUCGGCAAGGGCAUUGCUUAUGUGCAAUUCUACGAUGCCAACUCGGUUGAGGCGGCACUCCUUCUCGACGGCAAGAAGUUCCCGCCACUACUUCCACGUGCCCUGCGCGUGACCAGGUGUAAGGCGCCGCACAAGACGGCCCGCGCGAUGGAGCGUGCGGAACAGGCAAGGGCAUCAGCGCUCUCGAAUGCAGGCAAGCCCAAGAGCACAAAGUAUGUGAGGAAGGUUACGGUUGAGGAAAAGACUGGCGCCGGCAGAGCCAGCAAGCUCCUUGGUCGCUCUGCAGCUGCACGUCUCGGUGGCUUUAAUAAGCCACGUUUUGAAAAGGGCAAAGCGGCGGCUGGCGCUACUCCAGUCGACUCGGCCUUUAAGUCUCCCGAGGAAAUCAUCUUUGAAGGACACCGCGCGAGUGCCAAAGACGGGAAACCAAAGGAUCUGAAGUUCAAGGGGAGCAAAGUCAAGAAAUCAAAGAGGCCAAUCUCGGGGAACCAAAAGCGGCGCGCCACCAGAGCCGCUAACUGGAAGUCGAAAGGAUCGACAUAA